AUGGCUUCCACCGACGCGCCUCCCCCUCCCUCGAGCGACAACGGCAGCAUCGCCCCCCCUCCGUCGCUCCCAAACUCCGGCCACGAGACCAACCCCGACCUCGAUGUUACGAAGCUACAUGCGCUUCCGUCGGAGCAGCAGGAGCUCUACCUGCUCACCUUCACCGCCGAUCUCGCCCGUCAUUCCGCCAGCCUCGACGCUGACGGCGCCUCCGCACACCAGAUCUACAUCAAAAAGGAGGCUUUCAAGGUCAUAAACCUUUCGUCGCCUGCACCCACCCGCGUCAUCCGCAGCAAUGUUGGCCGCGCCCUUGCCGACGUCUUCGCCAAGGGCGACCGCAAGUUGCUGUUCGAGAGCAUCAAUGAGUUGGUCGCCAUCAUGAGCAGUUCGAGCAAGGGCGACAAGGAGCUCAAGGCUAAGCAUGCCGCCGUGCACUGCCUGGGCGCCAUAAUGGAGUCCGCUGGUGACAGCGCCAUUGGCCCCUCGGGCCUCGCGACCUUGACGCUGCUCCGACAGCUCAAGGCCAAUGCCCAGAACCACACCGGUUUCCGCGCCGCCGUUUUUCGCGCGCUCGGUCGCAUCGCGAAGGGUGUUUCGAGGCUGUUGGAUGAGCAAGUUGCUCGUGAUACCUGGAAACAGGCGCGAACUGCGGCCUCCGGUGACAAGAGUCAUGCUGUGCAGAGCGCUGCUUGCUGGUGCCUUGAGCAAUUGGUCCGCCAUACCCCGUACUUUGACAACUCGAACGACUUCGACAAGCUGCAAACUGUCAUCUGGAAGGCCGUCGACAAUUCUUCCCCGACCGUGAGGCACGCUGCAGCCUCGGCCCUGGCGGCUUCGUUGGUCAAGAGCUACUCGGAAUUCCCCGUGACGGACCCUGUGCCCCGGAUCAAGAAGCCGAAGAAGUCCAAGAGGCAGUCGGUCGUGCAAGAUGCCGACGAAGAAAUGGCAGAGAGGCCCGGAUCUCCCGCACCGACCAAGCCCAUUACUCAGUUGGCUUUUGCGCUUCCCGAGUUGCUGAAGCAGCUGUCCACGCAUUAUACCAAAACUGCCACCAGCAAUCGCGCUCGUACGGCUAUUGCGGUCUGCUAUAUGAAGGUCAUGAGAGGUCUUCCCAAGAGUGUCAUUGAGAACAAGUACGGUGAUGUUGCAAAGAGCCUCUUCAUUGAUGUACUGAGUGCUCCACCCAUUGUCAACAACCGAUACCGUCAACUCAUCACCCGCCGUUUUGUGCGCCUCAUUCUUGAGGAUGUGGUCGGACGCCAGAUUUUGGGUGAAACCGCCCAGCUCAAUGCCGCUCGAUACCUGCUCAAUGAAAUACUGAAGGACUAUCCUCCGGCCCUGAAGGAGCGUCCCGAGCCGAGCAAGCAGACCCUGACGGGCGCAUUGACGGCCUUGACGUCUCUGAUCCGGAAUCUCGGCUCCGCUACAAACUCCAUCGCCGAACUCUGCAGAGAGGCGUUGAUUGGUGUUUUGCAACACCCCAGCUACACCGUGCAGGUGCACGCCUCUUCGUGCCUCCGCGCAUUCGUCCUUGCAUGCCCUCAGCAACUCAUCCCAGCUGUCACAAUCUGCAUGAACAGCGUCAAUCGCGAGUUGGGGCAACUCACUGGUCCCCGCCCAUCACCGAGGAAGUGCGUUGGCUUUGCAAAUGGUCUUUCCGCUGUGCUCAGUACCAGCUCCGCUCAGCCUUUGUACGGUUCUGUGGACGUCAAUUCGAGAGUUCUUCAGCAGGCCACAACCCUGCUUAAGAGCAGCAGCAGCUCCGAUAUCAGGAUCUCCAGCACUCAGAUUCAAGUCGCGUGGAUCCUCAUCGGAGGUCUGAUGACUCUUGGACCAAACUUUGUCAAGAUUCAUCUCUCGCAGCUGCUUCUGUUGUGGAAGAACGCCUUGCCCAAGCCGUUGAACAAGGAUAGCAUGACAUCCAGGAACCUUCUCGACCUCAGCUUUCUCGCCCACGUCCGCGAGUGUGCUCUUGGCUCCGUCCUGACUUUCCUUGAAUUCAACAACCGCCUCCUCACGACCGAUGUUACGAAGCGUCUGGCCGCCAUGCUGCAAAACACAACCAUGUUCCUAAACAGCCUUCCUGCCAAGAAGACUACGGAUGAUAUAUCCCAGCGCUUGUCUUCGGCCCUCCAGCUGCAUGACUUUGAUCUCAUGGUGCGUCGCCGGGUGCUGCAGUGCUACACGAAGCUCGUCAACCUCAGCCCAGCGGGAAACAAUGAAAUGCUGUUGCAGACCAACCUGCUCCCUUUUGCUGUCUCUUCUUUUGCCGACCCCGACAACUACGCACCGAGUUCGUUGAGCGUGUCAAUUGCCAGCUCAGCGAGCACUUUCGAGAGCAUUUGGGAUGUUGGUGACAACUACGGCUUUGGAGUCACUGGUCUGGUACAGGGCUUUGAUCUCAAGCCGCUAGCGGGAGAGCUUGGAGAAUCAGGCAGGAAACACUGGACCUCGAAGCCGGGCCCGGAGUACGCGGCUGAUGCUGCUCUUCUGUCUCCUAUCUGCAAUGCCAGAGAGCACGACUCUAUAUCGCUCUACAUUGGCAAGGAUACCGAUAAUGAUGAGCUUCCCGACCCGCCUGCCACUGAAGUUGUCAAUGCCGCCCUCAACCUGUUUGCCAUCUUGCUUCCUCUGCAGACACCCAAGGUUCAAGAGAGUAUAUUAGAGCAGAUGACAUCUUUCAUGUCCGCAAACAGCUUGAUCAGGGAUCCUGCUAGAAAGGCUGCCAUAACCGUCAACGUUGCUACAGCCCUUCUCGGCGCUCUCAAGGUUGCAAACAAGGAAACGCUUUCUGCCCCUGGCGAUCUCAAGGGACAGGCGGUGGAGAAGGUCAUGCAGGAGAUGCUACAUACCCUCAUUAUCGACACGGAUCAAUACGUGCGUCACGUAGCCUGUGAAGCUCUGGGUCGCCUCUGCGCCAGCUCUGGAAACACUUUCACCGGCGCAGAAGUCAACUUCCUUGUGGAACAGAUUGUCGCCAACCGUGAGCCCAAUGUACGCGCUGGAUGUGCUGUAGCACUCGGCUCUAUCCAUUCUCAGCUCGGUGGCAUGGCAGCUGGCCUUCAUCUCAAGAAUAUCCUCAGCAUCCUCAUGUCUCUGGCCAGCGAUCCCCAUCCUUCUGUUCACUUCUGGGCCCUGGACAGCCUUUCGCGCGUCGCCGACUCGGCUGGUCUGAGUUUCUCCGGAUUUGUUACCAGCUCUCUCGGCAUGCUGGCCCAGUUGUACAUGGCAGAAACCCACAGUGAGGAAAUUGCGUCUCUUGCGUCAUCCAAUAUGGAAGUUGAUCUUCCAACGCCUGCCGUCAUCACUCGCUGCGUCGAUAGCAUCAUCAACGUGCUCGGCCCGGAUCUUCAAGACAUGUCCAAGGCUCGCGAUCUCAUCAUGACGCUCAUCUCUCAGUUCCUUCACGAGUCGGAGCUUUUGGUUCUCGUUGAGAGCCUGCGGUGCCAGGAGCAUCUCUCCCUCUACGCACCUGGCCAUAUGGAAUUUGCGGCUUAUGUCAAGGGACUGCAGAAGGACCUGGACUCUCCGUCAUCACGGAUCCGAGACAUGGCCAUUGACGGUCUCCACAACCUCAUGCGGCGCAACGCCGAGGAAAUUAUCCGCACUGCGGAUCCAGGUCUGGAAGACCAGCUCUGGCUCAUUCUCAACCAGAACCCUCAUCACGAGGUUAUUCGCAGCAUCCUGCGUAACUGGUUGCACCAGACUGCACUCUCCAAUACUCUCGAAUGGGUCCAGCGUUGCAACACUGCCCUCACCAAGAUCAUGAAGCAGCCCGAAAACAAGGAGAAUGCACCCCCUUCGAAGCCAAAGACUGCGCACACAGGCGGUGUGCCGGAGUUGCAGGAUGAGGAGGUGGCUGGAUUUGCCGCCUCUGCGGGGGCACAGGCCGACGACGGCGGUGCCACCUCUCAGACACAGGAACUCCUGAACUGGCAGGUUCGCACAUUCGCAAUGGACCUCUUGUCAGAGCUUCUCACCAUUGUUGGCCGCGACUAUGCGCUCAAAGGCGAAGACUGCAAGUCCCAGGAAGCUCUGCAGGCUCACAUUGCAGAUGUUGUCCGGAUUUCCUUCUCAGCGUCGACCGCUGGUGUUGUAGGUUUGCGCCUCCGAGGCCUGCGGAUCGUCGACCAAGUCCUCAAGACUUUCGGCAAGACGCCCGAUCCCGACUUCCCGGAAGCGACGCUUCUGGAGCAGUACCAAGCGCAGAUUGGCUCAGCGCUGACGCCAGCAUUUGCGGCCGACUCUAGCCCUGAGCUUGCAGCUGAAGCUGUCAACGUUUGUGCAACUUUCAUCGCGACUGGAAUCGUGACCGACGUUGACCGCAUGGGCCGUAUCCUCAAGCUCCUCGUUCAAGCACUCGAAAACUUCUCGGCUGAUUCGGAAACGGCAAGUAUCGGCGAUCUCAAGGGACUCAGCUCGAACGCACAGGUCAUGGUCAAGAUGGCUGUAUUCAGCGCAUGGGCCGAGCUGCAAAUUGCAAGCAAGGAACAGAAAUACCUUGUUGAUGUCCUGCGCCCGUACAUCGCGAAGCUGACGCCGCUCUGGUUGAGCUCGCUACGAGAGUUCGCGCGGUUGAGAUUUGAGCCUGACAUUUCAACAACCGCUGCCGCUGGCAGCCUGAGUGGCAGCUUGGAUACCAUCUACGCCGCGCUGAACCGGGAGACGCUGCUGAAGUUCUACCAGGACUCCUGGCUCAAUCUCGUCGAUGCCAUCGCCUCCCUCAUCGAUGAAGAUGCCGAAUUUGUGUUCGACGCACUGGAUGGCAAGGAAUUUGAUGAAGAAGAGUCCGGUGAUGGGUCGAAGGAGAAGAAGCCCGCUGCAGACAUCAACUACCGCGACGAGCCGGUCGCCUUCUUUUUCGUGCUGUUUGGCCUUGCUUUCGAGGCUCUCGUCACCACUGGCAGGCCGGCAUCGGGUGACUCACAGUCAAACAAGGAGCAUACGCUGGAGAUUUUGAGGGCACUCAAGAACAUCCUCAAGCCCAGCGUCAGCGGCCAUGCCAUCUACCAGGAAGUUGUUUUCUCGGAGACGAUGGAUAUGCUGGACAGACUGGUGUUGACGGAAGGCUUGGACGUGCAGGAGGUGAUUGUGAAAAUCGCAAGGAACUUGUGUCUCGCACACCCAAGUGCCCUGCGUACUCAGAGUGCGCCAAACGGCGAAGAGACACUGUCGGACGAUAUCGAACAGCUCUUCGAACUUACGCGUAUCAUGGUUCUGGUUCUGGCCGGCCUGGUGCCGGGCUUAGGCGACAACAACACACAAGCACGCCACUCUUUAACGGACGAGUCGGUGCAGCUCAUCACGCUCGCCCUGUCGGCACUUGUGGAUGCUGCUGAUGUCUUCCCGACCAUCAUCCGCACCGAUCUUCACGCAUGUCUGCUUCAGAUCUUCAUUCAGGUCCUCGGAACGCCAUCUACCCAGACCCUGGUCGUCCCACAGGUCCUUCCGAUCUUCCGCCGCUUCGUAUCCAGCCUCGCCACCACGUCGUUGCCCGAGACGCAAUCACAGCUCCGCAGCACGCUCGAGCGCUUCCUCAUGAUCAUCACGCACGCCCAGAAGCGCGGAUUCGACGCGGCGCCGCAAUGCGAGAAGAACACGCUCCUGGCCACGACGAUCCUGCUCACCAACGCCACGGGCAUCUUCGACCCGUCGGACCCGCUCCUCAAGCGCUACACGGACCUGCUGGCCGACUGCCUGCAGAACCGCGUCACGAGCAAGGUCGCGUCCAACUGCUGCCGCUCGCUGCUCAUCCUGCCCAAGCGCACCGAUGACAGCGCGUCCGCAACGGCCGGCGCGCUCGCCAAGGCGCUGCUGCCGACCUGCGUCGGCUUCCUCGCGUCGCCGCCGCCAGACGACCUCGAGGGCCUUGAGGAGUCGCGCUCCGUCGUCUCGCUCGCCCUCGUCAACCUCGUCGGCACCCUUCAGCCCAACCAGGUCCCGGUCGCUAUGGCGCUCGUCCUACCGACGCUGUUGGCGCGCGCGUCGAAGGAGGGUGAGGGCUGUUACAGGGAGACGGCGUUGCGGCUGAUCGAGCUGGCUGGCGCCGGCCAGGAUAGCUUCAGGGCUGUUGUGGGUGGUGGGUUGAGUCCGGAGCAGAGGGCUUUCAUGGAGGGCGUGGUGAGGACUGGUGGGCAGCCGGCGCGGAAGGUGCCGGUUAGGCAGGAUAGUCAGAGUGAGCCGACUAUUGCGUUGAAGAUGGAUUUUGGGUCGUAA